AUGGCGGACCCGCCGGGAGGCAAGUGCGCCGAGGCUUGGGCCUGCGCAGUGUGGCGCUAUCCGCUGCGGCCGGAGUUGCGGGGCGCGCGCUGCGGCGGUGGCGAGGCGUGGAGUGCGCUGGCGGCGACGUUGCCGGGCGUGCGCUACAUUUUUGCGUCGGGUGCUCGGCUUCGAAGGUUCGCGAGCGAGCAGAGCGCCGCCGCUGGCGCGGAGGAGUUCGAGUGGGAGCUGCGAGUGGCCGAGCUGACGGACGACUACCAGCCGCUGCAGGUGGACGUUUCCGUGGUGCACCAGGGCCUGGCCUCGGACGGUGGCGGGAUCAUGGUGCCCAUCGCGCCGAUCAACAAGGCGCGCGGGGUGCCGACGCUGGCGCUGCACCAGAUGUCUGCGUCGCUGCUGCCCUCUGGCGAUGGCCAGCUGGCCACGGUCGCCUUCGUGAGGGCCAACGCGGAGGGCGGCAGCUGGCUGGGGCCGGCCUCGGGGAGCAGCCGCUGGGCGGGGGGCGGGCGCUGGCCAGCAGCGCGAGCGCUGGUGCAGCUGGCCGCGGCCCUGCCCGCCGCGGUGCUCGAGGCCGACAUCGACCCCGAGCGGGGCUGCAGCUGCGCGCUGGCUCCCGCCGCCCACGCCCUCAGCCCCGAGGACCUCGACACGGUGCUCGGCGGCGCGUUGGGCGCGGGGCCGCGCGCGGCGCAGGUGGCGCCGCCGCGGCUGCGGCGCGCUGGGGGCCUGAGGGCACCCCCGCUGGCCACGUGGUUGGGGGUCGCCGACGCGCGGGUCGCCCGCUUGCAGGGGCCCGCUGCCGCCGCCGCCAGGGCUGCCAUGCUGGCCGCCAAGAGUGCGGCUCACGGCUCUGCGCGCCAGCGGGCGCCACGCAGCUGCAUGAGUAGCCCGGGAGAUGACGAGGAGAGCCGUGUCGAGAACAGGCGGAGCGCCCCGCGACAGAGGCAGCCCGCUGGAGCGGGCAGGGCUACGGUCGCGACGCCGGCAGCGAUGCUGGAGAGGCUCGAGAGCUCCAACCAGGACGUGCUGAGGCGCAUGGUGGCACUGGGGACCUCGGGCGCUCCUGCUCGCGCGGCUGCGCGGCCGGGCGGCGCGGGUGCGGCGCCCGCCGAGGCCGGCGCUGCCGGCUCGCUGGCGGCCGCCCCCCCUUGGCCAGGGCAGGGGCCGCGCGCCGCCGCCCCCGCCCACCCGCAGGUGCUGGGUGCGCCGCAGGCGGGCGGAGCGGAUCAGGCCGCCGUGGCUUGGGCUUUGGGCGGCGCGGGGCCGCCUCGGCUCGCGCGUUUCGGCCAGGCAGUGGGCGCAGCUGGCGCCCGCCCCGCCGCGACUGCGGCCGCCCCGCUGCGCUUUGGGCCGUCGGCAGCCGCAGCCGCUGCGCUGGGGCGCGCGGCGCCGCUCGAUGCGAUGCAGGUGGCGCAGGCUCGGGCCAACUUCGCGCGGCGCCAUGGCGUGCAGCUGGCGGACGGCGUGCGCCGGUCCCCCGAGGGCAUCGCGGCCUGCCGGCGCGACGCCUGGCAAGCUGGCCGCGCACUGCUGCGCAGGGACCUCCUGGCGAGGCCAGCCGCCUGGUCAGCUAUCAUCAGGGCCAACGCCGAGCAGGCGCUGGCGGGGGCGAACGACGACCCCGACCCGCGCGCGCGCAGCCUGGUGGAAUUCGUGGCGCGGACGGGCGCGAUCAAUCGCGGCGACAGGACGGCGGCCAACAUGGGGUUCGGGCUGGCGCGGGUGGCCGACCUGAUGGCGCGGGGCCAGCGCGAGAUGGCCGAGGCCGUGAUCCUGCUGUGGCAGCUCGCCUUGCUCCUCGCGCGCCUGCCAGAGCCCCUCUGGACGCAGAUGGCCGCGGGCGCCAGCGGGUCUGUGGGCUGCCUGCGCCCGUUCGCUCACCUUGCCGAGCCCGCGUGGACCACGGCUGCCAUGGGCUACGCGAAGGACGCCGCCUCGCUGGCCGAGAUCCGUCGGACGUUCAACGACGACCGCGGCAACGCCGCCCGCCCCAAGAAGGACGAGGAGGAGCAGCGGCCGCCCCAAAGCCCGAAGAAGGGGGCCGGCGCCGGCCACGGCAAGGAGGAGGCGGGGCAAGCGGGGGUCCCGCGGGCGCAGAUCGGCGUCGUGCGCCGCCUCCUGCAGGUGAACUUGAUGGUGGUCGCUUGCUCGUUUCUAGCGCUGGGCUCUACUCGCUGGUGUCCAGCCUCGUGCAGGACGGGGAUGGGCCUGACUGAUCUGCAGCGUGACAGGCUGCCGCAUCUACUGGCCCUGGCCAAGCAGUGGAACCGCGCGCCCUACCACGUGAGCGGCCGCGGCGAGAUGACCCGCGCGACCUUCUGCAAGCAGGAGGCGCGCUUCGUCCCGGUCUACCACCUGCCCGUUUUCGAGGCGGCGGCAUACCUGGACCCCGGCCUGAUCGAGAGGGGCCAACCGCUGGGCCAUGGCCUGAACCCCAUGUGGCAAGCGGGCAGCUCAUCCGAGAUCGUGGCUUUCGCAUCGGAUCUGGACCGCUCUCGGAAGUUAUAUCUGGCCAGCCCUGAUGAGGUGAACUUGAAGCAAGCGUGCAAAUUGAUCCCAGUGCUCCGUGAACAGCAUCGCGACCGCAUAGUCUGGGACAGGCGCACCAGGAACGCCGCGGAGCACGCCCUGCAGUCGGGCAGCCAGCGGCUGGUGCCUGGCCACGCGCUGUGCGAGUACGAGCUGCAGGACGACGCUGAGCCCGUCCUUUUCGCUGAAGACGUGUCGGACUUCUACCCGGCGUUUGACGCCCCGCCUGCGAGGGCUCGCACCGACGUGCUGGCACGUAAUGUGCAGACGCACUUGCUGCAGCACGCGCGGGCCUACGCCAACAGGCGCGCCGAGCUGGGCGAGCGCUGCGUGGUCUGCGUGGCGAGCUUGCGGAUGGGCGACUUGAGCGCGAUCGACUUCGCGCUGGGCGCGCGAGAGGCGGUGCUGCAGGCGGGUGGCUCGCUGGCGGACGUGGUCCGAGUGCAGCAUCAUCGCCAUUUCCCUCGCGGUCCCCUUGCUGAGCUGCUGCAGAUCGACGACCGCGUCGGCUUGGGGCAGCGGGCGCGAGGCUCGCGUCGACUGCCGCUGUCGCUGGUGCACUCCUUCGCGGGCGCGAGGGAGCAGUGCGACAAGGUGGGCCUGCGGGUGGCGGGCGACAAGUCCGUGGCGGGCGCCUCGGCAGGUUUCGCGCUGGGCGCCGAGCUGGUGCCCUCGGGCCAUAUCGGGGCUGAAGGGCUACGGCGCGCUGGUCUGAUUCUGCUGUCCUGUGGCAUCGCGGCGCACGGCAUCGCGACUUGGAACCCUGCUCAGAAGGACGGUGGCUAG